ACACAGAGACUCAGACACUGAAGAGAACGACGGAGAAGCAGAAGCAGAUUUUAGCACCGAGAUGGGGCGUGCAGUCCUCUCUCACUUUCUCAUCCUCUCCAACUCGUCUCCUCGCCUCACCUUUUCACUGAACUAUGGCGGUUUUCGAAGUAAAUACUUGAAAAGACAGCGUUUAUUCGAUCAAAAUCGUGCUAUGUAUGGACGCAAUACCGCCGGUCUUCGUUGCUGCUGCAGCCUAUCGGUCACAGAAACCGCUGCUCCGGAGACUUCAUCAAGCUCAGUCAGGAAGAGGAUAGUUUCUGGAGUCCAGCCGACUGGAUCUAUCCACCUCGGGAAUUAUCUUGGUGCAAUAAAGAAUUGGAUUGCCCUUCAGAAUACUUACGACACUCUCUUUUUCAUUGUCGACCUCCAUGCGAUUACAUUACCAUAUGAUGUACAACAAUUAUCAAAGGCAACAAGGGACACAGCAGCCAUUUAUUUGGCAUGUGGUGUGGACACCUCCAAGGCUUCUGUUUUUGUGCAGUCUCAUGUUCGUGCACAUGUAGAAUUGAUGUGGCUACUAAGUUCUGCCACACCUAUUGGUUGGCUGAACAAAAUGAUUCAGUUUAAAGAGAAAUCUCGCAAGGCGGGGGAUGAAAAUGUGGGGGUUGCACUCUUAACUUAUCCUGUCCUCAUGGCUUCUGAUAUUCUUCUAUAUCAGUCAGACUUUGUUCCAGUUGGUGAGGAUCAGAAGCAGCAUCUAGAAUUGACCCGUGAAGUGGCUGCUCGUGUUAAUCAUUUAUAUGGAGGAAGGAAGUGGAAAAAAUUGGGAGGGCAAGGUGGUGCUAUUUUUAAGGUUCCUGAGCCCCUUAUUCCUCCAGCUGGAGCACGAAUUAUGUCCCUCACUGAUGGUUUUUCCAAGAUGUCCAAGUCUGCACCUUCUGAUCAGUCUCGAAUCAAUCUUCUUGAUCCAAAAGAUGUGAGUAGUUAUCACUUUCUGCCUUUCCAAGCCUUUCUGUCUUUCUUUCUUAAGAAGUAGUGUAUGUAACUUUUAAUAGUCUUUCUUCUUUGUAAUCAAAUUUAAGCAGUGCUAUGUAAAUGUAAAUUCUAUUUGCAGGUUAUUCUAUUGCAUACUAAGAUAAUGAAUGUACCUCUCUUAU